GCAUUAUCAAUUUCAGAAACCAUCUCAUCAAAAUCAGCCAGCUCAAAUCAUGCAACAAAUUUUGAAUUCCAACUCGUCCAAUGAUCCACAGAACAAUGUGAUCGUUGUAAACCAAACAACCAUUUCACCGCAACCGUUGGGAGCGAUAAUCGCGCCACCUCAGCCACCGCAGCAGACUACGGGCACAACAACAAUCAUGAACCAGUCCGGUACGAUCUCGUCGACCACGACCAAUCCGUCGGCACUGAUCAAGAGCCUGCUGGCGAAUAAGGUAACGACGGUGACGAGCAACGAAUCGGCUGCUACCAUCAGUAGCAGCGCCGGCUGCGUCGUCGUCUCGUCCUCUGCUACCAGUAGUUUGUUGUCUACUACCAUUAGCAACACUAGCAUCAACCCUUCUACUUCUUCCAUUAGCACUAGUUUGACUGCAUCGAAUGUUAAUGUGCAUCAGGUUGCCCAGCGACAGCAGUUAAUGAAGCAGAAACAACUGAACGUCUCUUCGUCUGCGGGAGGAUCUCAACAUCCCAAUAGUUCGGUAGUGGUUACUUCCAAUAGUCCCAACAAUCUGACCAAUAUCAAAGUAGGAAACUCUACAAUUUCCAUAAAGCCUGGUACACUUCCGACAAAUACCGUUAUUACCGCUACGAACCCACAGGACAAAGAUCCACCCCCGUUGGCUCCCUUGACUUAUCUGGCUGAUGGAGCUCUCAUCAAACCGGUUUCAACCAACAAAAUGCUUGUUGAUUUGCUAGAUAAGCAAACAAAUGAUCCUCCUGUGUUUGCCAUUGGUGAAACAACAGUGAAGCGUAAGAGUGACGUUGAUUUGUCUGAGCCGCCGACUAAGAAGUUGGAUUUAAUGGAUACUGAGGAGGUUAAGGUGACACCGAAAGCGGCUGAUUUAUAUGCCGAACUAGCUGGUUCCAUUUUGGCAGACGAGGAUUUAGAGGAUAUCGAAAUGAAGGCUCCCAAAGAGGAACCAAAGUUUAAAGUACAGCCGGCACCAGCACCGCAGGUUAUCACUAUGCCAGCUCCUUUACAGCGUCAGAUCAUUAUGAAUCCUAGCAAUCCACAGCAGAUGUUACUUUCAUCUGGUUGCGCAGGAGGACAACAGUUGACUGCUCAGACUACGGCUACCAUCAAAACCGAUACGGGUUAUCAGACCGUACCCGUAAUUCUGCAGCAUAAUCAGAGCCAACUUCAGUUACAGAAAACGGCUUCCAUUAUGCAACCAACCGUUAUUUCCAACCCUCCGCAACCUACUCAGUACAUAUUGGCCACCAAUCCACAGGGUCAGACGUACGUAGUUGCGCAGCAGCAGCAACCACAGCCGCAGCUUCAGCAAACGGUUCUACUAACACAGGGUCCACAGCAUGGUUCUCAGCAGAAAACUAUAAUUAUUCUGCAGCAACCGACGCCGAAUACUGGCGGGCAGCAGUUUAUUCAAGCUCAACCACAAACCCCGCAGAAGGUGUUUGUAAAUCAGCAGGGCCAACAGAUCAUCAUGACGCAGAUGCCUCGACAGAUGCAGCACCAGACAAUACUAACGUCGCCAGGUGGUCAGAUUGUCGAGAAGAAACCCAUAUAUAUUACCACCAAUCAACAGGGAAACACAAUCAGCAUCGAAGGGCCCUCUCAACAAAUUAUUAAAGCACAUCAACCGCAAAUUAUUCAAACCCAUCUAGGGCAACAACAAAGCACAUCUCAGCAGAUUCAACAGAUUCUUCAGCAAAGUGGAUCGCAAACGUUUCAAAUCAUUCAACAACCUCAACAGCAUACUGUACCUGCUCAGCCGUCUCAGCAAAUUAUGAUUCAGCCACAGUCGGUGCAAACUUCUCAACCACAGAUCGUCAUACAAUCUCAGCCACCGCAACAACUGCAACCACAGAUAAUCUCACAGCAAAUAAUCCAGUCAGCGCCACAACAACAACAACAACAGAUCGGACAAAAACUUACUCAACAAAAACUGAUACAACAAACUCAUCUAUCUCAUCAGCAGCAGCAGCAGCAACAACAACAACAGCAGAUAAUCACUAUUCAAAAACAACCAACGCCACAAUCUCCAGCAUCCAAACAAUUAGCCGCGCAAUCUACUCAACAGCUCCCUACCAAAACAAUUAUAGUCCAGCAACAGGCGCCAUCUUCUUCCGGUUCAGCUCAGAAGCAGAUAAUUCAAGUAGUCCAGCAAAAGAUAUCAACGCCACAUUCUAAAACACAGUCAGUACAACAGCCUCAACAAAAGUCGACCAUUCAAUCGCAAGCCACCAUCAAAAUGCCACCCCAGGGUCACAUUGUAGCUGAAUCUAUGUCAACGACUAACGCGUCAAUAACACCUCCCACGUCAUCCGUGUUGGCAAAAGGUAUCACUAGUAUUUCACAAACUUUGCCUACCACUACGUCUUCUCUAACUUCAAUGCCUUCAACGAAAACCACUUUCAACCCUCAAUCUUCGACAUCUACAACUACAAUCACUUCUGCUUCUACUGCAAUUUCAUCAUCUCCCUCAGCUCCAUUAAACAAUCUGUCAACAUCGACAGCACCAACAGCCACAACUAUCCCUGUGUCUGGGUCAAACAGCACCAUCCAGAUGAUCCCGGCAAUGGACCCGGCUAAAGCUGUCGACGAGGAUGUUGAGCUAAGCUGGCCGUGGUUGUGUGAUUGGCGAGGAUGCCCUCGGAAGAAGUAUGCGUCUGCUAACGAAGUUUACAUGCAUGCUUGUGCCGUCCACUGUCCCGAUACGGUCGAUUCCACUGCCGAUAUCUAUUGCCAGUGGGGUCCAGGUCCGAAUCUUUGUGAUAACCUUCCUCGUAAACGAUUUUCGCUGAUGACACACAUCUUUGACCGUCAUUGCACAAGUGAUUCUUUCAAAAUGGCAGUUCAACGUCGUAUAACAAAUGCUACAACCGGUAUACUCCAACCACAGCAAGCGUAUCCGGUGACGUUGGUCCGACAACCGGGAGCCCCUACUCCACCUGGAUCAUCAGCAUCGUCAACGACUUCGGAAGCUUCUGCGAGUCCUUCGGCCCAGCCGGCGAGUACACCCUCGCAAGGACCUGGGAAUCUUUCCACUGCUGGCCCGGCAGCACUUCAUGCUAUUAAAAGACACGCCAUCGAUUGGGCAAAUGCAAAAGAGUUCCAGGAUGAUAUUGAAGGACCGGUAACUAAAAGCAUUCGUCUUACAUCGGCUCUAAUUCUAAGGAAUCUGGUGGUUUAUAAUAACACAGCAAGAAGAAAUCUGCGAGCAUAUGAACCACAUCUUGCAGGGAUGGCGAUGAACAAUGUCGAAGCUAGCCGAACUAUUUCGCAGGUUCUGUUUGAAAUGAAUGACACCCAGCACAAUUUUUAAAAAUAAGAUAAGCAAACCAACGGAUGAAAAAAGUGUAUUGGUGUUUAUAAUUAACUGACAACCUACCUAAUUUAAAACAUUUUUCUUUGAUUUCAUGGAUCCAAAUAUGCACUUCACUAUAUGGAAAUAGAAUCGAUAAUAAACCACUUACACUGCACCCUUAA